UUACCAACGAAGAUCAUUUGGCUGUACAUAAGCAUAAACAUGAGAUGACUCUUAAGUUUGGACCCUCCCGAAAUGACAGUGUAAUUGUUGCAGAUCAAACGCCAACACCAACACGAUUUUUGAAGAACUGUGAAGAAGUAGGUCUGUUCAAUGAGCUUGCAAGUCCGUUUGAAAAUGACUUCAAGAAGACCGCCGAUGAUGAUAUUAAGAAGAUGCCAUUAGAUCUGUCUCCUCUGGUAACACCUGUUAUACGACAUAAAAUUGAAGAACCUGCUGCAGUUGAAAUAACACAUCAAGAUAGUCCUUUACCUCAUCCAGAAUCCACCACAAGUGACGAAAAGGAAGUGCCAUUGCUAACUGCACAACCCACAGCUACCAUUGUCAGGCCUGCUUCACUUCAGGUCCCUAAUGUGCUGCUUACAAAUUCCGAUUCAAGUGUCAUUAUUCAACCUGCAAUACCUUCGCCAACGUCCAGCACUGUAAUCACCCAAGCUCCCCCAUCUAACCGACCAAUAGUACCAGUUCCAGCUCCUUAUCCUCUAUUAUUACAUCUACCUAAUGGACAAACCAUGCCUGUUGCUAUUCCUGCCUCAAUCACAAAUUCCAAUAUACAUAUACCUGCUUCAGUGCCACUUGUUAGACCAGUCACCGUGGUGCCUACUAUUCCUGGGAUUCCAGGGCCUUCUUCCCCACAACCUGUUCAGUCAGAGGCGAAACUGAGACUGAAAGCUGCUUUGGCACAACAGCAUCCUCCUCAGGUAACGAACGGUGAGACAGCCAAUGGACAGGCGAGUGGGAUUGUUAGAACACUGUCUGAGGAAGCCCAACCACAGUCACUGCAACAACCUGCCACAUCUACUACUGAAACGCCGGCUUCCCCAACUCCCCCUCCUCCACAAACACAAAGCACAGGGGGUCGCCGGAGGAAAGCAGCAAGCGAUGACCCAGAUGAAAAGAGAAGAAAGUUUUUAGAACGGAACCGUGCUGCCGCUUCAAGAUGCAGGCAGAAGAGAAAAGUCUGGGUACAAUCAUUAGAGAAGAAAGCAGAGGAUCUUAGUUCAUUUAAUGUACAACUCCAGAAUGAAGUCACCCUGCUGAGAAAUGAAGUGGCGCAGCUGAAACAGCUUCUUCUGGCUCAUAAAGAUUGCCCUGUAACCGCCAUGCAGAAGAAAUCUGGCUAUCACAAUGUUGAAAAGGAUGAGAGCUCAGAAGACAUUUCAUUACCUAACAGCCCACAAACAGAAGCUAUUCAACACAGUUCAAUCAGCACUUCCAAUGGAGUCAGCUCCACCUCAGUGGCAGAAGCAAUAGCAACGUCAGUCCUCACACAGAUGGCGGAUCAGAGUUCAGAACCGCCAGUUGUAAUGGCUACACCUCCUGCACAGCCUUCAGGGAGUUGAUUAAAAUCACCUGCAAUUCGCCAUGUCUUAGAAAAUGAUUGGUGACUUUAGAGGGAAAAUAAAUAAAUAAAAAAGGCCAGUCUUUUAAAAGGAGACGCUAGCCUAAAAUAAAUUAUUUUUUACAUAAUAGCCACUCAUGGGCAGGUUCUAUUCUUGUUCAGGACGUGUUUAUUUGUCAUAGCUUAUUUCUGUUUGUUUACUUGUUGCAUUCUGUUAGUUUUUGUCAUAUAUAUGAUAUGUUGAAGUAUGGUAAUUUGCAAAGUGUAAAUUGUUUUCAAUGUUUAAAACGAUAUCAGGGUGACCUUUUAAAUUUAGAGGAUGUGGUAGUGACUGCUCUAUGGCAUUUAUACCAAAGUUCUGCAUAGUCCCCUUUUGACCUUGAUGUGAAGGUCAUAAUGCACUAGGCACUAGGAAGAACGACAUGGUCGGCUUGCUUUUAAUCGGUUUUGCCUUUUAUUUUGCACAUUCAAAGGGAGAAACUUUUAAUUAUUGUUUUGUGUAGAAUCUUUUAGCUUUAUAAUAUAGAUUUUUUUUUAACUUGCACAUGUUAUGUGAUUUAUGAACUUGCUAGCGAUCAAAACAACCCUCUUUAUCUUUACAGUUUUAAUGUAUGUAAAAGACAAAUAUUUUCUCUUUUUUUGGAGAAGCUGUAGUCAAAGUGCAAUUUGUUUGUUUUGAUGCUUUUUGGCAAGACUUAUGAAAUAGUGAAAACCUUACUUGUGCUGUGUUAGUUUCUUAGCAUUAGGUAGAAAAAAAUAUGGCGUUCUGCAUCUUUAUGUGUUUAAAUUAGCCUGAACUUUUACCAUUAGUGUGACGGUCAGAAAAAGCCUACAGACCUACAGUACAUUGGACAAUUCAAAACAUAUUUUUGUCGUAUUUGCAAGCUAACUUGUACUUAAAUUUUGUGUAAACACUGUCUUCUUUCUGUAGCAAAUUUUGAUACUUAUGGAGAAACAAAUCAGUAUCUAUCUUGCAAAUGUUAAUAUCAUGUUGGGAAUUCUGUGAGUCGGGGGCAGGAGGGAGGGCUUUGUGAAGGGAAAGAAUGGAUCGGUAGUUUUGCCAGCAAAUGAUUCUUGAAUGUUUAAUGAUGCCUUUAAAGAGAUGCUGGCUCAUAGGAAAUAGUUUAAAAAAAAGUCUUCUGUAUGUUGUUUAAAAAUGAACAUUCCAUGAGAUGAUUGUAGAAUAUGCAUUCUCUCUAUCCAGAUGUCUUUAGGAUAUUGAGACCUCUUAAUGUGCCAUUAUCUUUUCAGAUUCAACACUCGUUCGAAAUGCAAUAUUUCAAAUAGGCUCAAUAGUAAAUGAAAGUGUUUACAUGGGUUUCAGUUCGAAUCUCUCAUAAUCUUUCUCCGUAUUCACAGUGAAAACAUUGGCUAUUUAUCUGUAAUACAGUAAAUAAUAAUGACUUUAUUUCCUAUCUCUAAAGACAAAUUGUUUUGCCUUGCAUUUCAUGAUAUAUGUUUCAAAUGCAAUUAUUUGAACAAUGGUGGUAGAAAAAAUUAUGGAAAUGACAUUUCAAACUGCAGUAAUAGGUUAAAGUCAGUAUGAACUAAUAUCUGAUACAAGUAUAAAUAAUACAAUUUGAGACAAUGUAAAUUAUAUUUUAAUCCCUUGAACUGGCUAACCUCAGUGAUAUAAAAUGUGAAUUCUGCAAGAAAGCUUUAUAUUUCAUUACAAUGUGUUUUUUUGUUUUGUUUUGUUUUUCUAUUACGGGAUAAUUCAUUAGUUAAUUAUUAUUAUGACUUUUCAGUACACUUUAUUUAUAUAUUUUUCAGAUGUUUUUGUAAUAUAAAAAUAAUGCAGCUGUAAACUUAAAUCAUGUUGCAAGUGUGAAGAGCAAAUGUAGAUGUUGAAUGGUGUUUGUUACGAUGUUGGAAUAAUGUCCAUCUGUGCAUCAAUAGAAAAAUGAAUUGUUAUGAAUCUGUCAAUUCCAUUUCACACUUUGUCAUACUCUAUUUGCAACUCAAAAUCAUUGAAUUUGGCAUCUCACAAACUGUACUCUUGAGUAUAGUUUGCAUGAGCAAAUCCUGUGUAAGAAAAAUAAAAAUCUGUUAAUGAAA